UUAAAAAUUGUAUACUUUUUUCUAUAAUAAUAAUUCAUUCAUUUUUCCUCUCUUGCCACUCCAUCAUAACUGAUAAGAAAUAAAUUCCAUUUCAGGUAAAACCAGCACAUCUAGAUCUGAUGAUGCAGCAACAGAAGCAGAUGAUCCAAGACCACAAACUGAUGAUGCAGCAAUAGAAAGUCAACCUGAUGAUGCAGUGUUGCCAAGUCAAACUGAUGAUGCAGCAACUACUACAGAUGGAGCAAAUGCAACAAAAGGAGAUGGAGGUCCCCCCAAAAAAAGAAAGGUGGCCCCAAAAGAAGACUAUGAAAAACGAAGAGAAAGGAAGUACCUACCAGAGUGGCAGCUCGGGUACCCAUGGCUCUAUCACGAGAAUUCAAAGAUGUUCUGCAAAGUAUGCAUUGACUGCCCGAAGUCCAGAGACUACAAUGCAUUUGUCUCCGGGACCGACAGUUUUAGACUGCAGACAAUAAAAUCUCAUGCCAAGUCAGAGAAGCAUGUACUGGCUGAGAAUGUGGCAAGGGUACGGGAAAAUCCAGAGCGUGCCCCAAUGAAUGUUGCCAUGCGACACAUGACAGCAGGUGUGAGAGAAAAGCUCAGGAAGCUGUUUAGAACAGCGUAUUACAUUGGAAAGAGACAACUGCCAUUCUCGCAUUUCGCACCAUUAUGCCAACUUCAGGAGCUCAACGGGGUAACAUUGGGGGAAACCUACAUCAACGACCAUCCAUGCAAGAACUUUCUUUCAAUAAUUGAUAAGUGCCUCAAAGAAGAUCUGGCUGAAGAAUUGAAUUCUGCUAAUGCAGUUUCGGUUAUGCCAGAUGGCAGCUGCGACUCUGGUGUGAUCGAAGAGGAGAUAGUAUUUGUAAAAUACCUGUGUGGUGGUGUGCCCGUUACAGAUUUCCUAUCAUUGCAGCCAGUCCCGAAUGCUACAGGUGCAGGAGUGAAAAGUGCAGUGGAGGCAGCAUUCGAGGAUGUGGGGGUUGAGAAAGUCGCCUCUGCUGGGACCGAUGGUGCCAGCGUCAACACGGGAAAUAAAAAUGGUCUGGUGGCUCUAAUGAAGGAGGAUGGCAUGCCAUGGCUCAUUGGGAUUUGGUGUGUGGCCCACCUGUUUGAGAGGGGCCUCCUCGAUGCCAUCAAGGAGGAGGCUGGGCUUGGGGAAAUAAAGGAUCUCCUGCAAGGAAUGUAUAAACACUACCACUACAGUGCGAAGGCCUUCAGAGAACUGCGUGAGGUUGCUGUGGCACUGGAAGAUAAAGUGUUGAAGCCUGUCAAUUUACUGGGUACAAGAUGGGCACCUCACAUGUAUCGUGCACUGAAAGUGUUGAUAGGGGUAAACUUCCGGCCACUGUAUACCCAUUUUGAUCAUACAGCCCAGUCCAAUACUGCCAGUGCCACCAUGGUUGGUAGGGCACGGAAGAUUAUCAACCAGCUCGGAAGUAUGAAGCUGCUCCUCCUAAUGCAUCUGAUGCUUGAUAUUCUGGAAGCGGCCAACGAUCUCAGCCUGCAUUUUCAGCGGGAUAAGUGCACUCUCAGUAGUGCAUCAGAUGCACUAGCUACAUUUGCGAUCAACAUAGAGGCACUACGCCAUGGCCACCAAGGCAACCUCCAUGAGUUCAUUUUGGAUGUUGGUGGGCCAGGAGCCGACAGACAGCGGCAGUGGAGGGAUGUCCACCUCACCAUCGUAGGAUCUGUUGAUGCAGCGCUUCAUGAGAAGAAAAGAAGAUAUACUGAAUCAAGUGUGCAGAAUAGGUUCAACCAUUUCGACACGGACCCCAUCUUGGAUGCUGCCAAAAUCUUGGAUCCUACAGAGUGGCCCCGAAAUGAUGUUCCUGCUUUGGCACAGUAUGGGGGAAGCAGGAAGAGAAUGGCCUGCAUUCAAGGCCUUUGUGUCAAGACAUCUAAUGGACCAGCAUCUGCCAUAUCUGGAAAUGUGGAGGCACAACUCAACUGCAAAGAUGACUUCCCGAACCUGUGUCUGCUGGCCGAAGUUGUAGUCACUUUCCCACUGAACACGGCCUGUUGCGAACGUGGCUUCAGCUAUAUGAAGAAGAUUAAGACCGAUUGGCGAUCCUCUCUGGACCCUGCCACUCUCAGCAUGUUGCUCAGGAUUACCCUUGGGGGGUGCGCCAUUGAGAACUUUGACCCAGAUAGGGCGGUGGAUGCCUUUUGGGCGAGGGAGGAGGGGCAGAGGGCCAGGAGGGCAGAAUACAUGGAAAGGCAGAGGGCCAGGAGGGACUGAAUGAAUUUUGGUACUACAGUAGACUAGUGUGGUUUAAUUGCAUCAAAAGUUCUACACUGUAUUAAAACAGGCUGCAGGCACAAUAUGAUGGAAUAAAAACAUAUGAAG